AUUGCAUGCGGUGUAAACACUAAACACAAAGGCGAAGACGAAGGCUGAGCCGGUGUCGCACUGUCGCCGGUGUAUUUUUCAUAUACGAAUAAACGGGUGAUUUUCUACUUUACAAUAUGGCCGAGGAUAUCCUCGUAAAUGGUGAUAGCAAAGAAGCUACAAGUGAAGAGAAGUGUGCAGACAAGGUCAAAGGAGAAGGGCUUGUUGUAAAGAAAGAUUCUCCCUAUGGCAAAAUGAAAAAGGUUCAAGUCAGUAUCAUGGAUAUGUUUUCGAGACAAAGUAGCAAAAGAAAGCAAUGUGAGCAAGACAGUGAUGUUGAAAAUAAAAAGAAUAGCCCAAAUACAAUGGCAUCCAAAAGACUUAAGAGUGAAGAUACAAUAAUAGAGAACACCAUAACCAAUUGCAAUGGAAAGUCCAGUGACGAAAGGAAGGCGAAAAAAUGUGCAAUGAUCAUUGACCAGAAGGUUCCAACGAAAUGUUCAGAGUGUGGUCAGUUACUCGACAGUCCUGAUCUCACUCUCUUUAGUGGUGAUGCUGAUGACGCGAUUGAGGAAUUUGUGAUGUUGGUUGAUCCCAAACUUUCUCUGUUUACUGGUGAUGAGACAACUUUCGGAAGUUAUGAAGUUGACAGACCACAGCACAGGGUUACACAGUUCAGUAUAUAUGACAAGAGCACUCAUUUGUGUCCUUUUGAUACUGGUUUGAUUGAGAAAAACAAGGAAUUAUUUCUGUCAGGAUAUGUUAAGCCAAUCUAUGAUGAUAACAUCAGUGCCGAUGGUGGAAUAUCAACGAAGGGUAUCGGUCCAAUUAAUGAAUGGUGGACGACUGGUUUCGAUGGAGGUGAAAAUGUUGUCAUCGGCAUCACAACUGCAUUUGCUGAAUAUGUGUUGAUGGCGCCAUCAGAUGAUUAUCGUCCUUUUAUGGACGCAAUGAAAGAAAAGACCUAUAUCAGCAAGGUUGUGAUUGAAUUUCUUCUUGAGAAUCCUGAGUCAAGAUAUGAAGAUUUGCUAAACAGGAUUGAGACUGCCGUGCCACCAGAAGGGACUUCCAGGUUAACAGAAGAUAUCCUGCUGAAACACGCCCAGUUUCUUGUUGAACAGGUUGAAAACUUUGACUCGGCUGGCGAGGAAGACGAGUUACCUCUGUUAAUAACUCCUUGCAUGAGGGAUCUCAUAAAUUUAUCUGGAGUUGUCCUGGGAAAGAGGCGAAAUCCGCGCGGAAUAAGAAUAAAACCAGAGAAAAAGAAAAAGAGUGGACCAACAAAGGCAACAACAACACCCUUGGUUCGUUAUGUUUUCGACAUGUUCUUUCAAAACGAGAUCGACGGUAAAACGGAUGCUGGGGGCAAGCGUCGAGGGCGAUGUAACGUCUGUGAAACGUGUCAACAACCUGAUUGUGGAGAGUGCAAAGCAUGUAGGGAUAUGAAAAAAUUUGGUGGCACCGGACGGGCUAAGCAGUGCUGUAUUAACCGAAGGUGUCCAAAUAUCGCUGUUCGUCAGGCGGACGAAAAUGACGGUGAAGAUGAUCCUGAUAUGGAAGUAUCUGCGCCACUUCAAGACGUAAAAGCGAAGAAUCCCAAACAGAAACAUGCAAAAUUGCGAAAGGUUGUGCAGACAAAACUGAAGUGGAUUGGGGAGCCUGUGAGACACGAAGGCAAAAAAUCGUUUUAUGAAUGUGUGGAAGUCAAUAACGAGGAGGUUAAUGUUAACGAUUUUGUGAAAUUGUCUCCGGAUGAUCCGAGAGUACCCCUCUAUAUUUGCAAGAUUAUUGAAAUGUGGGAAGAUGGCAAAGGAGAAAAAAUGUUUCAUGGACGUUGGAUGAGCCGUAGCACUGACACAGUACUUGGCAACACAGGCGAUCCUAAAGAGUUGUUUUUGGUUGAUCAAUGCGAGGACAAUCCAUUAGGAUCAAUCGUGGCUAAGUGUUUUGUUAGUUAUCUGCCCCCAGGUGAUGAUUGGUAUGAUAGGGGGGGUAAGGAGGUCACCGAAGAUGAGAGCGCCGAGGAUGACGGGAACCACUUCUUCUAUCAAAUGUGGUACGACGAAGAAUUUGGCAGAUUUGAACAGCAGUUGGAAGACUACCAGAGGAACGAGGAAGAAUUGGGUUGUAUUAGUUGUUAUAGACUGGAGAGGAUUGACGAGCUGAAGACACCACGGCUUGGAGAACGGACCGAGGACGACCCCUCAUGCAAAACAUACAGUUCAUUUACUUUGAAUGGCAUUCAAUAUCGUGUUGGUGACGCUGUCCUUCUUAGUCCAGAUGCUUUUGAUUUCAAAGUCAAGCCUAGCGAGUCCAAGAAGAACAUUAAAAAGGCAAAUUAUCAGGAUGAACUUAUGUACCCCGAGCGUUACCGAAAGUCCUCAGAUUACAUCAAAGGAAGUAAUGAUGAUGUGCCUCAACCCUAUAGAAUUGGUGAAAUAUUAACAAUCCUAAGUAGACCAAGCUACAGCCUCAAAGAAGAAACUCCUGACAUAAGAUUGAAAGUUCGCAAGUUUUACAGACCGGGGAAUACUCACAAAGGUGCAGAGUGUGGCUACAGAACAGACUACAAUCUACUAUACUGGAGUUCCGAAGAAGCAACAGUUGAUAUUGCGAUGUUGGUCAAUAAAUGUUUUGUUUCGUACGAAGCUGACUUGAAUACUGAUGUGCGUAAAUACACCGCGCAAGGACCGGACAGAUUCUAUUUCAGAGAGGCUUAUGAUUCUGAAGGUCGUUGUUUUGACGAUAUUCCAAAUGAAGCGAGGAAAACGUCUUACAAAGGAAAGGGUAAAGGCAAAGGAAAACUUAAAGGAAAGGGUAAAGGAAAUGCAAUGGAAGAUGUUGAAGAAAACAAAAUGGAAAAUAAACCAUCUGAAGAAAACACAGAAACCGUGAAACCGUUACGCACCCUUGACGUGUUUGCUGGGUGUGGAGGUCUCUCCGAGGGUCUGCAUCAAGCUGGUGUCGCAGAGACACGCUGGGCGAUAGAGAUUGAGGAACCCGCUGCUCAGGCGUUCAAAGCUAACAAUCCCAAGACGACCGUAUUCACAGACGACUGUAAUAUGCUACUAAAACUUGCGAUGGAGGACGAAGCCGGGAACUCACGUGGCCAACAGUUACCGAAACGAGGAGAUGUCGAAUUAUUAUGUGGGGGUCCGCCAUGUCAAGGUUUCAGUGGCAUGAAUCGCUUUAAUACCAGAGAGUAUUCCUGCUUUAAGAAUUCUCUCGUGGCGACGUACCUUAGUUACUGCGACUAUUAUCGUCCGAAAUUCUUUGUCUUAGAAAACGUUCGCAACUUUGUUUCCUACAAAAAGAGCAUGGUGUUGAAGCUGACGUUGAGAUGUCUGCUGAAAAUGGGUUAUCAGUGUACAUUUGGUGUUCUUCAAGCAGGAAACUAUGGCGUACCUCAAACGCGACGGCGAGCAAUCAUUUUAGCGGCUGCUCCGGGACAAAAGCUGCCCAUGUAUCCUGACCCUACGCAUUGUUUCGCUCGGAGAGCUUGCCAACUGACCGUCGUGGUGGAUGAUACUAAGUAUGUUUCAAACUUUAAACAUGUCGAAUCGGCCCCGUACAGGACUGUGACCGUUCGAGACGCCAUGUCUGACUUGCCUGAAGUAAAGAAUGGAGCCAGGGCCGAGGAGAUUUCGUAUGAUGGAGAAGCGCAAUCUCAUUUUCAGCGAAAGAUUCGUGGUGAUGAGGAGAAAACUGUCCUUCGUGAUCACGUGUGCAAGGAGAUGGCACCAUUGGUGUUGGCAAGGAUUCGGUACAUUCCACAAGAGCCUGGCUCGGACUGGAGGGAUUUGCCAAAUGUCGUCACCAAAUUGCCCGAUGGAAAGACUGCCCAGAAACUACGUUACACCCACGUUGACAAGAAGAAUGGCACUAGUUCAACUGGUGAGCGUCGAGGUGUGUGUAGUUGUGCAGAAGGCGCAGGUUGUGAUCCCGCUGAUAGACAGUUCAACACGCUCAUUCCCUGGUGUUUACCUCAUACUGGCAAUCGACACAAUCAUUGGGCUGGCCUCUAUGGUAGACUGGAUUGGGAUGGUUUCUUCAGUACCACUAUAACCAACCCUGAGCCAAUGGGAAAGCAGGGUCGAGUUCUGCAUCCUUCGCAAGAUCGCGUUGUUAGCGUGCGUGAAUGUGCUCGUUCCCAGGGCUUUCCCGACACAUGCCGCUUCGUGGGAAGCAUUCUGGACAAACAUAGACAGGUUGGCAACGCCGUUCCACCUCCCAUGGCGAGAGCUAUAGGAUUAGAAAUUAAAAAAUGCUUGAAGAGCCAUGAUACCUGUCAGGACAAAUUAUGAUAAAGCUGCUUCAUACUUCGACUAUCUUUCAUAACCUAAAAUGCUAUUUCUUGCCUAUUCGUUAAAUUUCGUUUUAUAUUGUAUAUUAAGUAUCCUCGGCAUAACAGGACUAACUAUUAGCCGCAAAUGACUGGUUUCAUACAAAUGUGUAUAUUAGAUAGAGCCUUGUACUUAUUCCCGUAGGUUAUAUUUAUUUUUCUUAUUUUCUUUAUGUUGUUAUCCACA